AUGAAUGCAGCCACAGACAGACCUUGCAAUAUAGUCUCGUAUGAUCAGGCCAAGGAAGCAAACCCUUUCUUCAAUUAUGUAGAGGAUAAAAUACAACUAACUGCAAUGAUUGCGCUUGUGGUUGCAAGGUACCGAUCUAGAAGGCUGUUUAACAGCGGUUCCGAACGGAGAAGGCUGCAGAAAAUGCUUACUCUAUACCCUCCAAAGCUUGAGGUGAGGGAAGAGGCGCAGAGGCACGGGAAGAGGGAUGCUAGAAGUCACGGGAAAGACACGACGCUCGAGAGGCUUUAUAUGGAAUGUGGCAACAGAGCGCCGCAGCCAGAAGCAUCCGCAAUGGAGUAUUACCUGAGAUCUUCAUUGGUUGUUGAUCAGGUAUCAGUGUGUGCUUCCCAGACUUCACACAACAUUCCUAAUUUUCUUUCCUUGGUUUACAUUGCUACCCGGAAAUUGAAGGAGCAACGCUAA